AUGCAUCGUUUACUCAUUCUUUCCAUCUUCUCAGUUGCAGCACUACUUGCAGUUGCAGAUGGUAGUUACAUUGGUGUAAACUAUGGUCGCAUAGCCAACAACCUUCCCUCAGCAUUCAAAGUCGUUAACCUUCUCAAAUCACAGGGAAUCAACCGGGUCAAACUAUACGACACCGACCGAGCUGUUCUCCGGGCAUUAUCCGGAUCCGGAAUCAAAGUAACCGUCAACCUCCCCAACGAACAACUCUUCUUCGCAGCCAAGAAACUCUCCUACGCACUCGCAUGGCUCAACAGAAACGUCGUCGUUUACCAACCACACACAGUCAUCGAAGCCAUCGCAGUCGGCAACGAAGUCUUCGUCGACCCACACAACACCACCAAAUACCUAGUCCCCGCCAUGAAAAACAUUCACAAAGCUCUUAUCAAGAACAAUCUCCAUAACUCCAUAAAAAUCUCCUCCCCAAUCGCACUCUCCGCUCUCGGAUCCUCAUAUCCAUCUUCAACUGGUUCAUUCCAACCCGACCUAGUCGAACCCGUGAUAAAACCCAUGCUGGAUUUCAUCCGCGAAACGUCGUCGUAUUUAAUGGUCAACGUGUAUCCUUUUUUCGCUUACGAGUCAAACGCUGACGUCAUUUCUUUAGACUACGCUUUGUUUCGUGAGAACCCGGGUAACGUGGAUCCGGGUAAUGGGUUAAAGUAUUUUAACAUCUUCGACGCACAAAUCGACGCCGUUUUUGCAGCACUUUCAGCUCUCAAAUACGACGACGUAAAGAUCGUUGUGAGUGAGACAGGGUGGCCUUCUAAAGGAGAUAGCGAUGAGGUGGGUGCGUCCCCAGAGAACGCUGCUGCCUACAACGGUAACCUUGUUAAAAAGAUUCUGACUAACGGUGGGACGCCGUUGCGACCCAAUGCAAAUCUAACCGUUUAUUUGUUCGCUCUUUUUAACGAGAAUGGGAAAGUGGGACCUACGUCGGAGAGAAAUUUUGGAAUGUUUUACCCUAAUAUGGAGAAGGUUUACGAUGUUCCGUUCACUGUGUAA